GGACCAAUGAAUGUUUAUUACGCGUCUAUGUAUCUUGAAACAAGCCUAUUGAAUGUGUCUUUAUCAUCAGAGUCAUUAAAUCAGUUUUUUGUUUAUGUAGUCAGUGAAGCAGAAACUUCUCGUACAGUGUGAAUAUAAAAAAAUCAUCAUUGAAAAGAGCACAUUAACAUCAAGUUCAAGGUAUAUCAAGCUGUGGAAAGCUCAACACUAUACAAAAGAAUAAAUAAAGCCUAAAACCAGUUAGUCACUGACUUAACUCCAACCUAUCAAGUACGAAAUGUCUACGGAUUCGAGCAUCAGCAAACGACCUUUCAUCACCUCUUAUUCAUCAACAUCUCAUAAAAUUUGUACACAGAGAUGCGACUCCUUCCCAUAUUGUACAAGAAAGGGACAAAUAAGGUUAAAUAUGUCCGCCCGGUCGACAAGUAUCCUCAUUUAGAAUCCGUGAUAACUUUCAUUCACCUGAAAAUUUUUAGAAAAAAAAAACAUACCUAGAACAAUUGUUAGUAUUUAAACUCGGACAAAUCAAUCAUGGAUUGAUCCUGAUUGUUCUGAUAGGCUCAUACAAGGCUGAAACUUAACGAUAAAUGCUGUUGUCAACCCGGAUAAUUCAGUUGGAACAAUUGGUUUAAUGCAAAUAAUCACCGCCAGUAAAACAGAUCAAGACCAGAUUCCACGAAUGGUUUCAUGCAAAAUAAACAUACCCUUCAUUAAUCCUCUUUAUAGCCCUGAUUCAUCAGGCUCGAUCUCCUCGUGCUUAACUCUUCAAAAAGCUGUACUGGUAAAAAGAGAAGCAGUUGUUCCUUUUUUAUAAUUUAAAUGAAAAUUUUUUCGAGGCAAAUCGCAGUAGAAACUCCAA